AUUCUUUAAUCAACAAUAUAACACAUAACAAAGUUUAUCUGGAAUAAAGCUUGUCGGAAGGUAUCAAGGGAUUCCAUAUAAACCGAAGGCUGUUUAAUAAAAAGCUAUUAAUUGUUAGGAGUUUGAUUGUACAGAAUAGGAGCGAAGGAGAAGGAAAGAUGGGGAGAUUGUGUGUCGUUUUACUCGGUUGCUAUCUGGCAGCCACCUUCUCUAUGGCAGCACCAAGAAUUGAAACGCAGCAACAGAUUUGGGAAUUCAUGGAGAAUUAUGGUUAUAUCACGCGAGAUGAUAUGGUGAAUGGGAUGCCAAAAGACGAAGAAACCAAGACCAAAUCUAUAAUAUAUUUCCAAAAGAUGGGAAAUAUGUCGAUGACAGGUGUCCUUGACGAGGAUUCGAUGAACCUUAUGAACACCCCACGCUGUGGAAUGAAAGACAUGGAAUCAUUCGCCGACAUGAUGCGAAGAAAACGAUUUGCCUUGGGGUCGAGAUGGGAUAGGACUGAUUUAACUUGGAACAUCAUCGGAGAUAGCCAGGAUUUACCUCGAGCACAGGUUGAAAGCAUCAUGGAACGAGCCUUCACGGCUUGGAGCGAUGUCUCAUCUCUUACAUUUCGGAAAGUGUCUUCGAGCGAACCUGAUAUCAAGAUCCUCUUCGCUGCUGGUGAGCAUGGUGAUGGGUUUGAUGGUCGGUUCGAUGGGCCCAGUGGUGUCCUCGCACACGCUUACUUCCCGUCUUCCAACCCUAUUGGAGGCGAUGCUCAUUUUGAUGAAGACGAGACCUACACAGAUGGCACAUCUAGAGGAACCAAUCUCUUCCAAGUGGCAGCUCACGAGUUUGGUCAUAGUCUUGGUCUCAGACACUCUGAUGUUCAGGAUGCCCUAAUGUAUCCAUACUAUAGGGGAUAUCAAGCUAACUUUCAGCUUAAUUCCGAUGACAUUAAUGGUAUUCAAGCUCACUACGAAUUUUCAAUGGAAUCUGGAGGAUUUGUCUUCUUUGACCUCAUGAGAUCCGGAUGAUUGCAUCUGACUUUCCUUCUAUCAAAAUAGUAUGCUGUCAAUGUUCAUGUUCCCAAGGUCUUAUGAAGGGAUUUAUCAUUAUUUGUCACUGUUUCGUCUUGGUAAUUAAUGAUAAUUAAAUUAUUUAAAAAAUCAGAAGAAAAAGAAAAGAUGUGGAUUUUGUAUAGAGGGAGUAGAUUUGUAAGAUAUGCUCUUUUCACAUACAGCCUAAAAAAAACACAAAAAGAACAUUGAACAUGAAGAUAAUUCAAUGAAGUUCUCUUAUUCAAACUCAUAUCUUCAAAAUGUUGUUUUGGGUGUGUACAGGUGUGGAUCCAGGAUUAAAAAGUUGACAAGCAAAAAAAAUUAAGGACAUUUCAUCUACAAAAAAAUUUGACAAGAAUAAAAAAGAUCCUAACAUUUAGGAGGGGGGGGGGGGCACACUUGUGUUUUAACGGCAUAUUGACUUUACUCAUUUUAAUUGGGCCUCUCAAGGGGGGGGGGGCAUUCACCAGCUGUGCCUAAGCCUAAUAGUCUAGGAGAUAGAGGGCUUUAUUCAGAAUUUUUGGUGGGGAAGGUUUGACAAGCUUAGCCGGGGUAAAAUUGUGCGCUGAUUCCAAAAAGGUCACUCUUAUUGACCGUACUCACGCCAUUUUGGUCAAUUUUUUACCACUCUUUGGAAAAUGGUCUUUUAACAGAAUGCUUUUGUAGCCACAUGCAAUUAAAAGGGUCUAUCUUAAGUAAAAAUGCAUCCAAAUUCAAGAUAAAGUGGUUUAAUUUGCCAAAUCACAAUAGAAGUGGUCAUUUUGGCCAUGUUUUGGCCAAAAAUGACAAUUUUCAUGAUUUUUUGGUCCAAAAUGUGUUACAAAUAUUGAUCAGAGCUACCAUUGGAUGUCUUUAGAAAUCCACAUUUAUCAUCAAAAUGUGCGCUGGAUCAUAACAAUCAGCCUCAUGUAAUUAGUUUUGUUAGUUUUGACCUGUGAGGGUCAUUUUGGGUACUUUAGACAUAACUGACCAUUCGUGCAGUUUUGCAUUAACUGUUCAAAUAGGCAGGAAAUUGAGGUCUACAGCCUGUUUUAUCUCCUUCCCUUAUAAAAUGAGAAUGAAUUCAAAAAGUCCAUCUUGUGUAUCAGUCUUAGUGACCCUAUUCAAUAGCUUAUGGUCAUUUUGGCCACUUAUGGCCCUCAAAAUGACCAAUAAUAUCAGUUCAUUUUACCCCUAAAUACUUCGAACGUUACCAGAAUCGUUACAAGGGUGUGCUGUGACACCUGACGUUGGUGUAUUAAUCCUUUAAGUUGAUCAUCUCAAAAUUAUUUUGACCUCAUGUAAUUUAUUCCAUCAGUUUUGACCUAUGAGGGUCAUUUGGGGUACUUUAGACAUAACUGACCAUUCGCGCAGUUUUCAUAAUAAACUGCACAUUAUUGGCACUGAGGAAUUUGAGGUCUUCAGCGUGUUUUAUCUUCUUUCUUUAUGCAAUGGGAAUGUAUUUAAAGGUCCAUCUUGUAUAGAAUAUUAUGCUGAUUCCAAAUAUAGCAGUCUUAAUGACGCUAUUUAACACCUUAUGGUCAUUUUGGCCACUUACGGCCUUACAAAUUACCAAUAACAUCAGUUCAGUUCAUCAAAAAUUACUUCAGUGUUACCAGAAUCGUUACAAGGGUGUGCUACGACAUCUAACAUUGAUGUAUUAAUCCUUCAAAAUGAACAUUUCAAAAGUAUUUUGACCUCAUGUAAUUUAUUUCAUUAGUUUUGACUUUUGACUUAUGAGGGUCAUUUUGGGUAAUUAAGACAUAACUGACCAUUCACGCAGUUUUGCAUAAAAACUGCAAAUCGGCAGGAAUUUGAGGUCUUCAGAGUGCUUUAUCUUCCUCCUUUACAAAAUGGGAAUGAUACAUAGGUCCUUCUUGUGUAUAAUUUCAUGCUGAUUCCAAAUAUGUCAGACUUAAUGACACCAUUAUGGUCAUUUUGACCACUUUUUGGCCCCCAAAUGACCAAUACCACCUGUUCAAUACUUCAAUUUAUCCCAAAAUACUUUGAAUGUUAAUAGAAUCGUUACAUGGGUGUGCUGUGACGUGACACCUAAUACUGGUGUUUUAAUCAUUUAAAAUGAGCGUCCCAAAAAUAUUUUGACCACCUUGGUCAUUUUGGCCACAUUUUCCCCUGCCCAAUGUGUAUACUAAAUCAGCCUAUAGCGACCAUUGUGAGGAGACAAUUAAGGAUUCUGUUAAUAUUAGCAUCAAUUAUUGUUAAAAGGGAAAAGUUGAAAGCUUUUGGGUGAAAAUCAAUGCAGUGGUUCCAUAUAAACUAGUGUUAUUGGCCGAACUAUUGGACCCUGUGGUCAUUUUGAUCACCUUUUCCUCAAUAAUGACUAGUGACCUCACAUUAUUUGAAUUAAAAAGGGCUCAAAUGUUGCUUAAUAUCAUUAUCAGCGUGAGCUAUGACGCCAAUAAUCAAGAGUUUAAUGAAUGUGAUAAAAACCUUUACAUCAAGUAUACAUAAGGUUGUUUGACCAUGCACUUUGGUCAUUUUCAUGAUUUUAGGCACAUUGACCAUUUUGUAAAUAUUCAUGGAAACAAAUUCAGGAAUGAGAUAUUAUUAGCAUCAAUUUAUGUUAGAUAGGACAUAUUGCAAAAACUGUCUGAAUCAGAUUAAUAUAAUGAUUUCAAAUACAUCAGUCUUAAUGACUAUUUAGUGGUCAUUUUGGUCACUUUUGGUCCCUACAAUUAGCAAUGACAAUUGCAUGUAUCAAAAGUAUUCCAAUGUUGCUCUGUAUUUUUGUAAGAUUUGUUGUAUCAAUCAUGAUCAGUGACAAAUUAUUUAAUUCAAUAUGAUAUUACCAAUAGUACAUAAUCAAAAUGUUACAAUUUUGGCUACUUUGACAGUUUAUCCAAUGUGUGAAUUUUGUAGCAAUUGUAGGUCUAUGAACUUGAUGAAAUGUGUUCAAUCCCUUUUGAUGGGAAAUAUAAAAGGCUCACCUUGAGUAAGAAUUGUGCCAAAUAUCUUGUGACUGUCUACUGUGGCCCCUUUGGUCACUGUGUGGUCCUAAAUAGCCAGCAUUAUUUUCCUUCUUUAAGGUUAAAUAGUACCGAGAAUUUACAAAGUGAAAUAGGUCACAGUGAAGUUCACUAAGACUUUUGACCAUCAUUCAUUUCGACCAUCUUUGUUUUUUUUUUGUACAAUGCUUUGCAAACCUCACAUUGGCAUGAUUGUUGAGCAGCAAAUUUACCCUUAAUUCUUUUGAAGAAGUACUGGGUAAUAAAACACAUUUUUAUAUGAAAUUAUUCUCUGUGCCAAUUUUUGGUCACUCUUUAACAAUUUAGGGCAAGUUUUCCACUUUCAACUUUACCAAUCAUGCCAAUGUGAGGGUUGUGAAACAUUAUACAAAAUGGAAAAAGUAAUAAAAAUGCAUCAUGGUCAAAUCUAUUCGUGAAAUUCACUUUGACCAAUUGUUAUGUAAUGACGCACCAUUGAGGAUUAGUGCCUUCCUCUAGAACAUAGUUCUCUGUAUAAUUUAAAUUAAAAAGGAGGGAAUGAUGUUAUGGCUAUUCAAGGACCAGACAAUGACCAAUUGGGCCGUAUUAGACAGUGGUGAGGUAUUUGCCACAAUUUGUUUACUCAAGGUGAGCUUGUAAUAUUUUCAAUCGAAAGGGACUGAACACAUUUCCACAAUUGCUCCUCAGUCAUGUUUAUUUACAAAAGUCAUACAUGGGAUAUGGUACCACACUUUGUUUGUAUCUUAUGUUUGACAACAAUGUUUAUUAGUUCUUAGCAUAAUUUACCUUUUCAUUCAUUCAGUUCUGACCUUUAAUUGUUAUUGUAUGGUAAAGUUAGAUAGUUCAAAUUACAGUUAAAGGUGUGUGUUUCUAUAAUCAUCCCCAACUUUGCCCCUACCUAAUGAGUAAUGAAAUUUUGGCAUCCUACAUUUGUCAUGAAAGCCACUAUUUAUAUAUCAUACAGUGUCUGCCUCCAUAUCUGAUUAAUGUCAUGUAAAUUUGAUGCAGAAGUACAUGAAUUUGCUGAUACACUAAUAGCUAAAGCUUGUGAAAUCAAAUGCACACAAAUAUGCAGAAUUCUACUACAGUCUGCUUGCGUGAGUAGCUUUAUAUCAUGUGUAAUAGAAAAAAGAAAGUUCAACAAAUGAGAAUACACACCUUUAAUAUUUUGAACUUGAAAAAAAUAAGCAAAUAAGCUAAAACUAUGUAAUAUUGUACAGUAGUUGUAAGUAGUUUUAGUAAAAUUCUUAAUUGACCAUGCAGUGUUCCAAUAAUGGGGUAAACUGGAACACUUGAAAUGGUCUUGUUCAAGGUGGAUUUUUUUUUUCAGUUACCAUCAUAGAGUUAAAGAAUUUUAUGGGGUAAAUUUUGUAGCCCUUCGAUAUAUGCUUUAAGCUGAUAAUUUAUUGAUUGUUUCUUAAAUAAAAUCUAUUUGGAUUUUACAGCCAUUUUUUUCAAAAAUGUUCCAUGUAACUCCAAUCUCCCCUACUCAUUCCUGUUUUAUCUCGAUUAAAAUAAUUGUAAUCAGCCAGCUCACAAAGUUAGUCAAUGCCUUUAAUCAUAUAAUUUGUGAUUAAGAACGCAAAAAUUCCGAGUUUACUUUUCCUGGGACGCAUUGUAUGUAUCUACAGUAUGAGUAUACGCAUAGAAUGGAACAUUGAUGUGAACCAAGUACUGUCCAAUCCUGAAUGUAAUAAAUGAAACACUGUCAAGUUUACAUAA